GUGUGUUAUAUUAUAACUUAUAACGAUAUAACAAUGUCUUUCUCAAUCACUUUGGCUCUCUACUUCAUUUUGUCUCUCUUUACCUUAUCUUCUUCCUCUGCUUUCACUUCUGAACAUUAUUCUACUGCUCUUCAGUAUUCUAUUCUUUUCUUUGAGGGACAGCGAUCAGGGAAGCUGCCCUCUAACCAACGUCUCACAUGGAGGGCUGAUUCAGCCUUAUCAGAUGGCUCCUCCUAUCAUGUUGACCUUGUUGGUGGCUACUAUGAUGCUGGGGAUAAUGUCAAGUUUGGCUUGCCAAUGGCCUUUACUACUACAUUGCUGGCUUGGAGUGUCAUUGAGUUUGGUGACUCGAUGGGGAAUGAGAUUGAGAAUGCAAGAGCAGCAGUUCGUUGGGGGUCGGAUUAUCUAUUGAAGGCUGCUACUGCUGCACCUGAUGUCUUAUAUGUUCAAGUGGGAGAUCCAAACCUCGAUCAUAAAUGUUGGGAAAGGCCAGAAGAUAUGGACACGCCACGUACUGUGUAUAAGAUAACUGCUCAAAACCCAGGCUCUGAUGUAGCAGCAGAGACCGCAGCUGCGUUGGCUGCAGCUUCAAUCGUCUUCAAAGCAUCUGACCCUUCUUAUUCUAACAAAUUACUCGACGCAGCCUUAAAAGUAUUCGAUUUAGCAGACAAGCAUAGAGGUUCUUACAGUGAUUCACUCCAUUCAGUGGUCUGUCCAUUUUACUGUUCUUACUCGGGAUACAAUGAUGAGCUUCUAUGGGCUGCCUCAUGGAUUUACAAAGCCUCAAAAAACAGCAUACAUUUAAGCUAUAUACAGGCCAAUGGCCAUAUACUAGGAGCCGAAGAAGAUGACUACACUUUUAGCUGGGACGACAAGCGCCCUGGAACCAAGAUCCUUCUCUCCCAGGAUUUCUUAGUGCAAAGUUCGGAGGAGUUCCAAAUCUAUAAAGCACACUCAGAUAAUUACAUAUGCUCCCUCAUUCCAGGAACUUCCACUUCUAGUGGUCAAUAUACUCCUGGAGGACUAUUUUUCAAAGGAAGCGAGAGCAACCUGCAAUAUGUAACAUCAGCAGCGUUUCUACUUCUGACAUACGCAAAAUACCUAAGCUCCAAUGGGGGAUCCAUUCGAUGUGGGACUUCAAGGAUUUCACCACAAGACCUAAUAGCACAAGCAAAGAAACAAGUUGAUUACAUAUUGGGAGAAAAUCCAGAGAAAAUGUCAUACAUGGUGGGAUUUGGAGAACGAUACCCUCAGCAUAUUCAUCACAGAGGUUCCUCUGUACCGUCGCUUCAUGCACACCCUAAUCGAGUUUCUUGCAAUGAUGGUUUCCAGUUUCUGUACUCUUCUUCGCCAAAUCCAAAUCUGCUUCUUGGUGCCAUUGUUGGUGGACCUGAUAAUGGCGAUAAAUUUUCCGACGAUCGGAAUAACUAUCAGCAGUCGGAGCCAGCUACUUAUAUAAACGCUCCACUUGUUGGUGCCUUAGCUUUCUUUACAAAAACAACUUAGUGGAUAAUUACAUUUUAGUUUAGUUAGUAGAGUUUAUGGUUUAGGGUUUAGGUUGGACUUUAGUUCCGUACGAUUUACGGUUUUGGGUUUAGCUUGGAGUCGUAAGUUUGAUUCUCCACUUCCUUUGUGAAGCUAAAACGAAGCAUAUGAAAGAAAGUUGGAAACUUUGAUGUUAUCUAUCGUGCUAUGAUUUGACUUAUACUUAUGAAUCUAAUUAGUAGCUUUAAGGAUUU